AUGUCUUCCAAAGCUAUCCGAGAGUUUGAUGCCAAGCUCCUGGUCAACUACUGGUUGCCUCGAUCGCCUCUGGCCAACGCCGACAUCAAGGUCAACGCCGACUUUGUCGCUCCCGCUCCCAAGGUCGCCCAGAUCUCGUGGGACCCCGAGUCCAACACCAUCACAAACGCUUCGCAGCUCCCAGCGUGGGUCCAGUCCUCCAAGCUCGUCGCCAAGCCAGACCAGCUUAUCAAGCGUCGUGGAAAGGCUGGCCUCCUCAAGCUCAACUGCGACUGGGCUGACGCCGAGUCCUGGAUCAAGGAGCGUGCCGGCAAGGCUCAGCAGGUCGAGUCCGUCACCGGUACCCUCAACAACUUCAUUGUCGAGCCUUUCUGCCCUCACCCUGCCGACACCGAGUUCUACGUCUGCAUCAACUCGGCACGAGAGGGUGACUGGAUCCUCUUCACCCACGAAGGUGGUGUCGACGUCGGUGAUGUCGACGCCAAGGCGCUCAAGCUCCUCAUUCCCGCCGACCCUUCCGCUCCCUUCCCCCAGCGCGAGCAGUGGUCCAGCACCCUCCUUGGCGGUGUCCCCGCUGCUAAGCGCGAGGUUCUCACCGACUUCUUGAUCCGCCUCUACUCGGUCUACGUCGACCUCCACUUUGCCUACCUCGAGAUCAACCCUCUCGUCGCCACCGACGAUGGACAGAUCGCUUACCUCGACAUGGCUGCCAAGCUCGACCAGACCGCCGACUCCAUCUGCGGUCCCAAGUGGGCUAUCGCUCGUGACCCCUCGAUCUACAUGGGCGCUGCUGCCGGUGCCUCCAACUCCACUGGCGAGGACCGUGGCCCGCCCAUGUACUGGCCCGCUCCCUUCGGUCGUGACCUGACCAAGGAGGAGGCCUACAUUGCCAAGCUUGACUCCGGUACCGGUGCUUCGCUCAAGCUCACCGUGCUCAACGCCACUGGCCGCAUCUGGACCAUGGUUGCCGGUGGUGGUGCUUCCGUCGUCUACUCGGAUGCCAUCGCUGCUCACGGCUUCGCCAACGAGCUCGCCAACUACGGUGAGUACUCGGGUGCUCCUUCCGAGGGCCAGACCUUCGAGUACGCCAAGACGCUGCUCGACCUCAUGACCCGCGGCGAGGUCAACCCCAAGGGCAAGCUCCUUAUCAUCGGUGGUGGUAUUGCCAACUUCACCAACGUCGCCUCCACCUUCAAGGGUAUCAUCCGCGCCCUCAAGGAGUACAAGCUCUCGCUCGCCAAGCACGGCGUUCGCAUCUUUGUCCGCCGUGGUGGUCCCAACUACCAGGAGGGUCUCAAGGCCAUGCGCCUUCUCGGUGAGGACCUCGGUGUCGAGAUCCAGGUCUUUGGCCCCGAAACCCACAUCACCGACAUCGUGCCCCUCGCUCUCGGCGUCAAGACCUUCGAGGAGGUCACGCUCGCCUCGCAGCAGCAGAACACCCUCCCCUCGGGUGCCGCUACCCCUAGCCACGGUGCUGCCAACGGCAAGAAGGCCGACGACCAGGCCAUCGGCACCAUCGACCACGCCACGGGCGAGCGUGUCCAGCCCCAGGACCAGAUCGUCCACUUUGGUGCUGGAUCCACCGCCGGUCAGCGUCCCGCGUACCGCCCCUUCGAUGCCAACACCCGCUCGCUCGUCUUUGGUCUGCAGCCCCGUGCCAUCCAGGGCAUGCUCGACUUUGACUUCUCGUGCGGUCGUCAGACUCCCUCGGUUGCUGCCAUGAUCUACCCCUUCGGUGGUCACCACAUCCAGAAAUUCUACUGGGGCACCAAGGAGACGCUCCUCCCCGUCUACACCAGCAUCAAGGAGGCCGUCGCCAAGCACCCCGACGCCGACGUGGUGGUCAACUUUGCCUCGAGCCGAUCCGUCUACUCGUCCACCCUCGAGGUGCUCGCCUGCCCCCAGAUCCGCGCCCUCGCCCUCAUCGCCGAGGGUGUGCCCGAGCGUCACGCACGUGAGAUCCUCCACCGUGCCGAGAAGGCCGGUGUCCUCAUCAUUGGCCCCGCCACCGUCGGUGGUAUCAAGCCCGGUUGCUUCCGUAUCGGCAACUCCGGUGGUAUGAUGGACAACAUCCUCUCGUCCAAGCUCUACCGCCCCGGCUCCGUCGGUUACGUCUCCAAGUCCGGUGGUAUGUCGAACGAGCUCAACAACAUCCUCUCGAUCACCACCAACGGUACCUACGAGGGUAUUGCCAUCGGUGGUGACCGAUACCCGGGAACCACGUUCAUCGACCACUUGCUCCGCUACGAGCAGGACCCCGACUGCAAGAUGCUUGUGCUGCUCGGUGAGGUCGGUGGUAUCGAGGAGUACCGUGUCAUUGAGGCCGUCAAGAACGGCACCAUCAAGAAGCCCAUCGUGGCUUGGGCCAUCGGUACCUGCGCCAAGAUGUUCACCACCGAGGUGCAGUUCGGUCACGCCGGUUCCAUGGCCAACAGCGACAUGGAGACGGCCUCGGCCAAGAACGCCGCCAUGAAGGCUGCUGGCUUCGUCGUCCCCGACACCUUCGAGGACUUGCCCGCCGUCAUUCGUGAGGUGUACAACAAGCUCGUUGCCAACGGCACUGUUCAGCCUAAGCCCGAGCGCCCUGCUCCCGCGAUCCCCGUCGACUACAAGUGGGCCCAGGAGCUCGGCAUGGUCCGCAAGCCCGCCGCCUUCAUCUCGACCAUCUCGGACGAGCGUGGAUCCGAGCUCAUGUACUCUGGUGUUAAGAUCUCGGAGGUCUUCGAGUCCGGUAUGGGUAUCGGUGGUGUCAUCUCGUUGCUCUGGUUCAAGCGCCGUCUGCCCGACUACUGCACCAAAUUCAUCGAGAUGGCACUCAUGCUCACCGCCGACCACGGUCCUGCUGUGUCCGGUGCCAUGAACACCAUCAUCACCUCGCGUGCCGGUAAGGACCUCAUCUCGUCGCUCGUUUCGGGUCUGCUCACCAUUGGUGACCGAUUCGGUGGUGCGCUCGACGACGCUGCCACCGAGUUCUCGAACGCCUACGACCGCGGCCUGACGGCACGAGAGUUUGUCGACAGCAUGCGCAAGGGCAACAAGCUCAUCCCUGGUAUCGGCCACAAAAUCAAGUCGGUCUCGAACCCGGAUUACCGUGUGCAGGUGGUUAAGGAGUUUAUCCUCAAGAACUUCCCCUCGCACAAGAUGCUCGACUACGCUCUCGCUGUCGAGAAGGUGACGACCGCCAAGAAGGAUACUCUGAUCCUCAACGUCGACGGCUGUCUCGCUGUCUGCUUUGUCGACUUGCUGCGUGACUCGGGUGCCUUCACCAUGGAGGAGGCCCGCGACUACCUCAGCUACGGUUUCCUCAACGGUAUCUUCACCCUUGGCCGAUCGAUCGGUUUCAUCGGUCACCACAUCGACCAGAAGCGCCUCAAGGCCGGUCUCUACCGUCACCCUGCGGACGACUUCCACAUCGAGAUGGCUACGCCCGCUCGUGUCAUGGGUACGCUCAAGAAGUAG